GAGUAGUAGGCCCGCCCCCGUAGUAAGCCGUGUGCGGAUGCCCGUUAUUUGUGUUGUGACAGAGAACACGAUUGUGAGAGUCAACAAGUUCACAAACAGCCCCCGUUCCUAAAAAAAACUGGACUUAGAGGCCGCUCCGUGACUCCACAGAGCCGGACUCCCAGCGGGGCAGAGCAGAUGGAGGCUGUGCCGGCCAAGGCGAAGCCGCAGGGCCGCCUGCUGCUCUCCACUCCGCUGGAUGCCAAAGACGAGCUGGAGGAGCGACUGGAGCGUUGUGUUGGGAUUGUGCAGUCUUUGACAAAUGGACUGUCAGAACGAGAGGCCAACGAUGCUCUCACUGCUAACGUAUGCAAAGGUCAGCAGCAGCAUGAGGAAAUCUGUUUGGGACUGUUCACUGUGGUCCUGACAGAACCAACUCAGGUCCAGAGGUGUUACAGAGACUUGACGCUGGUCAACAGAGAUGGCAUGAAUGUGGUCCUGGGUAAGAUAAACCAGCUCCUCAUGGAGAAGUUCCUCAAGCUGCAGGAUGGACCCCGAACUCAGCUGGUGUGGCUAGUCAGGGAGCUGGUAAAGAGCGGCGUGAUGGGGGCUGAUGGAGUCGUCAUGACGUUGCUGAAACAGAUUGCAGGUGGAGACAUCUCCUCAAAGAACCUGUGGUUAGCUGAGAGUGUCCUUGAUAUCCUGGUGGACCAGAAGGAAUGGGUGAUAAAGAGCGGAAUGCUGAUAGCGAUGUCAGUCUAUACCUACCUUCGCCUAAUUGUUGACCACGGGGCACAAAACCUACUGGUUUUACGCCAGAAAGAGGUUGACUUCUGCAUCAGCAUGCUGAGGGAGAAGUUUAUGGAGUGUCUGAUCAUCGGCAGAGAUCUGGUUCGUCUGCUGCAAAAUGUCGCUCGGAUUCCAGAGAUGGAGCUGCUGUGGAGAGACCUGCUGCACAAUCCACAAGUCCUCAGUGCUCAGUUCACAGGUGUCCUCCAGCUGCUGACAGCUCGCACCUCCAGGAAGUUCCUGGCUUGUCGCCUCACUCCUGACAUGGAGACCAAGCUGCUAUUCAUGACCUCAAGGGUGCGUUUUGGGCAGCAGAAACGGUACCAGGAUUGGUUCCAGAGACAGUACCUGUCCACAGCAGAGAGCCAGUCACUGCGCUGUGAUUUGAUUCGUUACAUCUGCGGUGUGGUCCACCCAUCCAAUGAGGUGCUGAGUUCUGACAUUCUGCCACGCUGGGCUAUCAUUGGCUGGCUGCUCACCACCUGCACGUCUAAUGUUGCUGCUUCAAAUGCCAAGCUGGCUCUGUUCUAUGACUGGCUUUUCUUCAACCCCGAGAAAGACAGCAUCAUGAACAUAGAGCCGGCCAUCUUGGUGAUGCAUCACUCCAUGAAGCCUCAUCCAGCCAUCACGGCUACGCUGCUGGACUUCAUGUGCAGGAUCAUCCCUCACUUUUUUCCUCCGUUGGAGUCUCAGGUUCGUCAGGGUGUGUUUAACUCGCUCACCUUCAUCAUGGAGAAGAGGGUUCUGGCACAUCUCGCGCCACUCUUUGAUAAUCCAAAGUUGGAUCGAGAGCUUCGCUCGAUGCUCAGAGAGAGAUUCCCUGAAUUUUGCAGCUCGCCCUCGCCCCCUACUGAAGUCAAAACGGAGGAGGCUGUUACCUUGGAGAUGGACAACCAUGUCCUGGACAAGGAGGAGGGUUGCUAUGACAACACGGAGGCUACUUUUAGUGAUGAUGAGGAGGAGGUCAACAACAAAGGAAAGAAGCGGGAGUUCAGGUUCCAUCCGAUCAAAGAGGCAGUGAUGGAGGAACCUGCUGACAUCACUCCCUGGCUGGACCAACUGGAUGACACCAUGAAGGACAAGGUCAUGCAACUACAGAAAAGCAGCGACACAGAGACGCAGUGCGAGGUGAUGCAAGAGAUCGUAGAUCUGAUCUUGGAGGAGGACUUUGACACGGAGCAGAUGUCGACUCUGGCUUCCUGUCUGGCUGAACUUUUUAAAGACCAUUUUAGAGGAGACGUCCUUCCUGAGGAGAUCUCUGAGGAGUCUCUGGAGGAGUCUGUGUGUAAGCCUCUCUGUCUGGUGUUCCGGAAUCUUUGCACCAUGCAGGAGGAUAACAGCGGCUUCUCUGUGCUGCUCGACAUGUUGGCUGAACUUUACCAGAAACAACCUAAGAUCGGAUACCACCUGUUGUACUACCUCAAGGCUAGUAAAGCCGCCAAUGGGAAGAUGCUUCUGUAUGAGUCAUUUGCUCAGGCGACGGCACUCGGUGACCUUCACACCUGUCUGAUGAUGGACAUGAAGGCGUGUCAGGAGGAUGACGUCCGGCUGCUCUGUUAUCUGACACCGUCCAUCUAUUCUGAGUUUCCAGAUGAAACGUUGCGAAGUGGAGAGUUGCUCAACAUGAUUGUUGCCGUCAUCGACUCCACACAGUUGCAGGAGCUGAUGUGUCAUGUGAUGAUGGGCAACCUGGUGAUGUUCAGGAAAGACUCGGUCCUCAACAUCCUGAUUCAGUCUCUGGACUGGGAGACAUUUGAGCAGUACAGCACGUGGCAGCUGUUCCUGGCUCACAGCAUCCCGCUGGAAACAAUCAUCCCCAUCCUGCAGCACCUCAAGUACAAAGAACAUCCUGAAGCUUUGUCCUGUUUGCUGUUGCAGCUACGCAGAGAGAAACCGAGUGAGGAGAUGGUGAAGAUGGUGCUCAGUCGACCGUGUCAUCCCGAGGAUCAGUUCACCACCAGCAUCCUGCGGCACUGGGCCUCCAAAUAUGAUGACACGCUGGGAGAGCACAUCAAGGCCCAGCUGAUCAAGAACAACAACCAGCCCAGGAAGAGACAAAGUCUGAGAAGCUCCAGCAGUAAACUGGCACAACUGACCCUGGAACAGAUCCUGGAGCACAUGGACAACCUGAGAUUAAACCUCAGCAACACCAAGAACAACUUCUUCACUCAGACACCGAUCCUUCAGGCUUUGCAGCAUGUCCAGGCCAGCUGUGAUGAAGCUCACAAGAUGAGGUUCAGUGAUCUCUUCGCCCUGGCAGAGGAGUAUGAAGAUUCGCAGUCAAAGCCGCCUAAAUCUCGCCGAAAGGCUCCAGCAUCCUCACCUCGUCACGGAAAGGAGGCAGCACCUCCUGCUAACAAUGAGGAGGAGAGCGGCUUCCAGCCAGCGCCUCAGUAUGUUGGCUCCAUUUCAGAGGAGGAGGACUCAAAGCCCAAAGCACCAAAGCGAAAACGAAAAGGUUCAUCAGCCGUGGGCUCGGACAGUGACUGACACCGGUCCACCGACCAAUCACAAAUCACCAGCUAACUUGCUGCUUGUAACCACUGAAAGAGGCCCCUCCCCUCAGUCCAUGACUCACACUGGCUUGCUGAUGGAGGGGCGGGGCUCUACACAACGC